AUGUUACCGGCGCACUCAUUGCAUUCUGAACAAUGCAUUGCCUGGGUGGCAAUGAGGAAACAUGGAAUCAUCAGUCCUUUCUGGCUCGAAGGUGACUGGGGACGUGCUUUCACCAUGAACAAUGACCAACUAUAUCCAAGACAUAAUGAUUUCUCAGAGAGACACAUUGGACCAAGUGAAGACGAAAAACUGCUCAUGCUACAAGCUCUUGGAUUAAGGAGCAUUGAUGAACUUAUUGAAGGCAGUGUCCCAUCUAGUAUUCGGUCAGGGCUGGAGUUAAACAUAGAUAAACCACUAGGAGAACAUGAAUUACUUGAAAGGGCUAAGGAGCUUGGUAGACAGAAUAAGGUGUGGAGGUCUUACAUUGGAAUGGGCUAUUACAAUUGCAGAAUUCCUACCACAAUCCUUCGAAAUAUGUUUGAAAACCCAGGAUGGACGACCCCCUAUACCCCCUACCAGCCUGAAGUGGCCCAGGGUCGGCUGGAAAGUCUACUGAACUAUCAGACUAUGGUCUGUGACUUCACUGGUCUUGAUAUUGCCAAUGCUUCACUGCUAGAUGAGGGUACUGCAGCUGCAGAAGCUAUGGCUCUCGCUUACAGGCAUGUCAAGAAUAGGAAGUUUUACAUGGACACAAGAUGUCACCCACAGACCAAAUCUGUUGUUAAUACCCGAGCUGGUGUCAUGGGCAUAGAGGUGAUAGAAGAAAAGUAUGAGAACAUGGACUUUAGUAAUCGUGACUUCUGUGGGGUCUUAUUCCAGUACCCAGACACUAAUGGUGAUAUCCAUGACUUCACUGCCCUAGCUCAAACUGCACGUGAUAAUGGAGCCCUUGUCAUUGCUGCUACAGACCUACUGGCAUUGACAAUACUCAAGCCUCCUGGGGAGUUUGGUUGUGAUAUGGCUGUAGGGACCAGCCAGAGGUUGGGGGUACCAUUAGGGUAUGGUGGCCCACAUGCUGCAUUCUUUGCUGUGAAAGACAGGUUCAAGCGUCUUAUACCAGGUCGCAUGGUAGGAGUCACCAGAGAUGCCCGGGGCAAUGAGGCACUUAGACUAGCUCUACAGACUAGAGAACAACAUAUCAGACGUGACAGAGCCACUAGUAAUAUCUGCACAGCUCAGGCACUCCUGGCAAACAUUGCUGCCAUGUAUUGUGUUUAUCACGGACCACAUGGUUUGAAAUAUAUUGGAACGAGAGUCCAUCAUGCUGCAUUGAUGCUGGCAGCUGGAGUUGAGGACUGUGGCCAUGCAGUACAGAACAAUCUAUUCUAUGACACAAUCAAAGUGCUCCCUAAAGAAGGAGUAGAUGUUGAAUCAAGGGCUAAACUUAAAGAAAUAAAUCUGAGAUAUUUUGAGGAUGGAACAAUAGGUGUUUCAGUGGAUGAGACCACUGAGGAAGCAGAUCUGAAUGACUUACUCUGGGUGUUUGGCUCAAAGAGAUCAGUGAGGGAUAUUGCUGAUUCUAUGGGAGAAACUCUUAAUGGAGAUAUAUCUAAUUCACCAUUUUACAGAACAUCACAAUAUCUUACAAAUCAAGUAUUUAACACGUACCAGUCAGAGACAAACAUUGUGCGUUAUAUGAAGCUUCUGGAAAACAAAGAUGUCGGCUUGGUUCACUCUAUGAUUCCCCUUGGAUCAUGUACUAUGAAACUCAACUCUACUACAGAGAUGAUGCCAUGCUCCUUCCCAGAGUUCACAGAUAUUCAUCCAUUUGCUCCCCCAGAACAGGCUAAGGGGUACGCUACCAUGCUGCAAGAACUGGAGGAUGACUUAUGUGAAGUCACAGGAUAUGACAAAAUUUCACUACAGCCCAACAGUGGGGCCCAGGGGGAAUAUGCGGGUCUUAGAACUAUCGCUGCAUACUUAGACUCCAUUGGUGAAGUCCAAAGAUCAGUGUGUCUUAUCCCUGAGUCUGCUCAUGGCACCAACCCUGCUAGUGCACAGAUGGCUGGGAUGAAGAUACAACCAAUCAAGGUCACCAAAGAAGGGGCAGUUGACAUGAAACACCUCAGUGAUAUGGCUGAGAAGUAUUCAGAGACAUUGGCAGCACUUAUGAUCACAUACCCCUCUACUCAUGGUGUGUUUGACGAGGAUAUCAUUGAGAUAUGUGACCUGAUACACCAUCAUGGAGGCCAGGUGUACCUUGAUGGUGCAAACAUGAACGCACAGGUUGGCAUCUGCAGACCAGGUCAUUUUGGUUCUGAUGUCAGUCAUUUGAAUCUCCAUAAAACUUUCUGUAUUCCUCAUGGUGGAGGUGGACCAGGAAUGGGCCCCAUCGGAGUUAAAGAACAUCUUGCCCCCUUCCUUCCAACUCACCCAAUUCUAAAGCCUGGAGCUGACUCGCAGUCAUUCGGAUGUGUCAGUGCUGCCCCCUAUGGUUCAAGUGCAAUAUUACCCAUAUCCUGGGCCUAUAUAAAGAUGAUGGGUGCUAAAGGUUUACGUCAUUCAUCAGAGAUUGCUAUUCUUAAUGCAAACUAUAUGAGCAAAAGACUAGAAGGGUACUACAAAACACUUUACCUGAACAAAAAUGGCUUCUGUGCUCAUGAAUUUAUAAUUGACUGUCGACCGUAUAAGAAGACAGCAAAGAUAGAAGUUGCUGACAUUGCAAAGAGGUUGCAAGAUUUUGGUUUCCAUGCGCCAACUAUGUCGUGGCCAGUAAGUGGUACACUUAUGGUAGAACCCACUGAAUCCGAGGAUAAACGGGAACUUGACAGGUUCUGUGAUGCUCUCAUAACUAUACGUAAAGAGAUUCAGGACAUUGAAGAAGGUCGCAUGGAUAUUAAAGUCAAUCCAUUAAAGAUGGCGCCACAUCCCCAGUCAGUGAUUGCUACAGAUAGCUGGGACAGACCAUACUCCAGGGAGCAAGGAGCCUAUCCUGCACCAUUUGUUCGACCAGAGACCAAAUUCUGGCCUACUGUAGGGAGAAUAGAUGAUAUUUACGGUGAUCAGAACUUAGUUUGCUCUUGCCCUCCUAUGGAGGCAUACCAAUCACCCUAUCUCAGUGACGAUGAGGUCCCCUCAGCAUCUCGCAUACAAGUUUGAUGUUGUUCAUAAAUGGAUUCAGAAUGGAAUAAGUGGAGGGAUUAUUUUUAUAUGGAGGACUUUGUACAUACUUCUACAUGGACAAUAUAUAGUGUGGGUACCACACAGUUGGGUAUCUAUGGUAUUGUAUAAAUAAGAAUUUUGCUGAUGAGCACAAAACAUGGAAAUACUCUGUGUCUGAUUCUUUUAGUUGGUACUUUGACUUUAUAAAAAACAGGGUUUUCAACGAAAAAGUACUAUAUUAUAUAGUACUACAGUAUAGUGACAUAUUUGAGAUCAUUAUUUUACAGAUUGAGAAAUAUAAUCAAUCAUGUGAUGGGGUUUCUAUUACUCUUAUAACCUGUAAAUAGACUAAAUAUUGUGUACAUAAUAUGAGAUGUUAUUUGUGCAUAAUGUUACAGCACUAAAACUGUAUAUUCAUGAUAUUUAUGGAGCAUUCAAAAUGUAACUGUUAAGUAUAUGUCUACCUGAAAUCUGAGUCAGAUGGUUUAAUCUGAAAUUCGGUGAUGAAUUGAUAACACUAAAUUGUGAUGGGAGCUUUUUAACAGGACUUGAAUUCUUUCAAGGAUUCAAAAUUAAAUUGAAUUUUGUUGAAAAUCUAAGAAUUUUGUAAGGAUAUGUUGAACAGUUGUUACUCUAAUUUGUUAUUCUUGUUGAUAUAGUGCUAUACCAAAAGACGAAUCUUUUGCUGUUUUCAGAGACUUAAUGAUCGGAAAUGUUUGAUAUAUAGUUCUCAACUUUCUGUUUAUAUUUAUUGAACUACCGAUCAUAUCUAAAUAGAAUUCUUUCCGGCUAUGGGCAUCUUUAAUGAUAUGAUUGAUUACUUUUACUUUUGGUGAUCAGAGAGAUUCAAUGAGAGUUAGUAGGUGCAAAUCAUUAGUUCAGGAGUGGUCCAAAAAACGUCCUUAUAGUUUAUUUUGGUUUAACUUUUCGCACAAUGCAUGGAUUUCAAUGAUAUUUUAGAGUGAUUUUAGUUAUACCCCGUGAAAGCAUUGGAGUACAUUUAGACCAAAAACCCCAAAUCGGAUGGAUUUGUUGGUUCAUCAAGAAAAAUGGGACUGUUGGGCCAAAUUGUGUGAAAAAUGAAAGGGUCAAAUAUUUAUAAAUAUAGUACCUCACUGCUUUUUCCUCGAAAGUAAAUGCCUUACUAAAAAGGUCAAAUAAAACAUAUGGACAUUUUGGCACACCCUGUAUAUACGAUAUGUAGUAUAUAUUUUGGAAAAUAUAAUAUACAUUUGUACUCUAUACUCUGAAAUCAAAAAGAUUUUAAUUAUAUAGAAAAUUAACAUCCACAUUUAUAUUUCUAUCCAAAAAGAUUUGUAUACAUGAACAUAUGCUAGCUCUUCUAUGCAAAUGGAGCUCUUUUUAAAUUGAGCUUACAAUAAAAUUUGAUAAUACUGAUUGCAUAUUAUUAUAAUUACACCAUAUAUCAUUUUAAAGUGCAGUGUAUACAAUUCCAGUUGUAAUCACAUGUAAAAUUUAGAAUUCACGAUGGCAUGUAACUUGCAUUCUUAUUUGGUAGAAACCUAUUUUUUCUGAAAAUACUAAACCUUGAAAAAAUGCUUGCUUAUUAACCAACAU